GGGCCGGCCGGCUUCUGCCCGCCGCCGCUGCGAUGCUGCUGCUGCGGCCGGGUGGUGCUGCGGGCCGGGCCUCGCUGCCGCUGGCCGCCCUGUCGCACGUGCUGCGGCUGGAGCGGAGCCGCCGCACCGCGAUCGUGUUCCCGCUGCAGAAGCUGGAGCGGUACCUGGCGCCCGGCACGGACACGGCGCCGUUCCGCCUCUUCCAGCCCGGGCUGGCCGCCCUGCAGCGCGCCGAGGCGCUCUUCAGGUCCGACCGCGGCCACCCCAUCGACUACGUGAGCUCCGCCGUGCGCAUGGACCAUGCCCCGCCGCCGGCCCUGCCCGAGGUGUGCUUCAUCGGCCGAAGCAAUGUGGGGAAAUCAUCUUUAAUCCGGGCCUUGUUUUCACUGGCUCCAGAAGUGGAAGUUAGAGUGUCAAAAACUCCAGGCCACACCAAAAAAAUGAAUUUCUUCAAAGUAGGGAAGUACUUUACUCUGGUGGAUAUGCCAGGAUACGGCUAUCGUGCCCCGCAGGACUUUGUUGAGAUGGUGGAGGCCUAUCUGCAGGAACGGCGCAACUUGAAGAGGACUUUUCUAUUAGUUGAUGGUGUAGUUGGACUCCAGAAAACAGAUCAUAUUGCAGUAGAGAUGCUGGAAGAGUUUGGGAUUCCUUAUGUGAUGGUGUUAACAAAAAUUGACCGAGCUUCCAAGGGAUUAUUGUUAAAGAAUGUACUGAAGAUCCAGGAGUUUGUAAAGGAGAGCACUCAGGGAUGCUUUCCUCAGCUGUUCCUGGUCAGUUCUGUGGAGUUCUCGGGGGUUCACUUGCUCAGGUGUUUCAUAGCCCAUGUUACAGGAAACCUGCCCACUGCAGAGGCCAGCUGAAAAGACCUGCCAAUCUGCUUGGCUCAUCAGGAACAAAAGUAGGUGUAGCAGGAUAGCGUGCCUUGCUUGCAGACAUUGAGUUGUCCCUGUUCCACAAGGAUGAAGGAAAGAACACAUCUUUUAUGGGAUCUGCUUUUCCAGGAGUGUUGGCUUGAAACAGAGUGGAAUAAAAGACUGACAUCUAGAGGA